GAAGCAGGACAAGUUGGCCUUUUGAGUAAUAAACCUCAAAAAAAUUUUAAUUUUUUUUUUUUUCACUCAAAAUGCCACUUGCGGUUGCCGUUGGAUCAGCCUCUGAGUUCGGCCAUGGCGAGGCCCUUAAGGCUGCGCUAGCUGAGUUUAUCUCAAUGCUCAUUUUCGUUUUUGCCGGUGAAGGCUCCGGCAUGGCUUUCAACAAGCUUACCGACAACGCCUCAACCACACCGGCCGGCUUGGUGGCGGCCGCAUUGGCUCAUGGCUUUGCACUGUUCGUGGCAGUUUCAGUUGGCGCCAACAUUUCCGGCGGCCAUGUAAACCCUGCCGUCACAUUCGGUGCCUUCAUCGGUGGUCACAUUACUCUCGUCAGGAGUGUUCUUUACUGGAUUGCCCAGUUGCUUGGAUCCGUUGUUGCCUGCUUGCUUCUCAAGUUAUCCACCGGAGGAUUGACAACAUCCGCAUUUUCUUUGUCCUCCGGUGUGAGCGCAUGGAACGCAGUCGUUUUUGAGAUCGUGAUGACCUUCGGUCUGGUCUACACAGUCUACGCCACCGCCGUUGAUCCCAAGAAGGGCAACAUCGGCAUUAUUGCACCCAUUGCAAUUGGUUUCAUCGUGGGUGCCAACAUCUUGGCCGGUGGCGCCUUUGACGGUGCAUCCAUGAACCCCGCCGUCUCCUUCGGUCCUGCUGUUGUUAGCUGGAGCUGGGACAACCACUGGGUCUACUGGCUUGGACCCCUCGUUGGUUCUGCCAUUGCCGCCAUUGUCUACUCACUCUUCUUCAUUGCCCCAAGCACACAUGAACAGCUUCCCACUGCUGAAUUCUAAGCUUUCUUUUGUUUUUCAGAAAACGUGAUGAAAAUUAAAAAAGGGUCGAAAUUUGGGUGGAUUUCAGGUUUCAAUCUUUUGGGUGCUUUGUUGUUUGUAAUUUGUAUCUCUUUUGUUAAUUGUUGAUGAUUGCAGUGAAGCUGUUUUUGUUCUUGUUCAAUAAUAUUGGUAUCAAAUU